CAAACCCAACGACAACAAAAUUGAAGAACAUAACAAAAUACAUUCAUUCUUACACCAACACAUUUGUACACAACAACAUUAAUUUUUUUUCUACUAUGGGUGUAGCCUCACGCACAUUGGAAAUUACGGUUAUAUCUGGCGAAAACAUUCAUGUAACGGAGGAUGUAUACGUCGUUGUUCGAGGUGAGUCUCUUAAUUGUUACACGACAAAAACAGCGAAAGACAACCGUUGUGUAAACAACUCAAGUUUCCUUUCAUGGAAUGAGAAGUUUUUGUUGGAUGUGCCAUUGCAUGGUAGGUCAAUCACAUUUGAGGUGCAAUGCAAGAAGUUUAAAAGUGUUCGCCCUAUUGGGGUGGCAAGAAUCGCCGUUGUGGAUCUUCUUAACAACGAUGAAUCAAAAAUGUGUAUGCCAUUUUUUAGUUAUAGAUUGAGAGAUUGGGAAGGGAGACAAAAUGGAGUUAUUAAUUUUUGUGUGAAGGAGGUUGAGAAAAGAUCAAUUGAUUUGCUGGAAAAGAAAAUGGUAGCGAAUGGAAAGAAUUGUGGUGAUCGAUUAACCGGAAUGGAUGUUGUUAUUGGUAUCCCAGUUUAGUGGAAUUUCCCAAACAUUAUUUAGUUUUUUAUUAAAGCAUUUCAUAUUUUUUAAUACUGGUGAAAGAUUGAUGAAGUCAAUUUUAAUACACGAAUAUACUAUUGUGAUAAAAGUCUGUGUGUGUCUAUACAUAAAUAUAAAAUUUUGUAUUUUGAAAUAAUUAUU